AUGUCCACAACUCAGAAAACCCGCUCCGAAAGGACCGUCGCCGCAAAGCUCAAAUGGCUCGCUACAUACAAGGGCCAGUUUGUCAGUGCGUCCGACUGCCAAAAGAACAACAUCCCAAUAUUUCCUCUAGACCUAGAGAAUGCUAAGGACAAUAUCCCCCUUUAUUUUGCUCCACUGUCUGAGAGCUUCCUAGCGAAAUAUCCGGUUGACGGGGAAUAUCUGGCGAGUCUCGAAAAGCGCAACCCCGGAUCUCUCGACAUAGGGGACUAUGAUGUCAUGAUCGAGAAGGGUAAAAAAGAUCCAGACCACCUCCUGUGGGCGCUUCCACAAGUGCUAUAUCGUCAUAUGGAAACGGUUGUGCGAAAGAACAUCCCCAAGGGACAAGGGAUCUUUCUCUCGGAUCUAACUAGCUGGGCUCGGGCUACCAACCCGGAAGAUCCAGUUGCUGAAGCGUACACAGUUGAUAGGUUUGGAUUCGAUGAUAGGCGCCAUGCGGUCGACACAAUCAACUAUGUAAAGGAUAACCGCUACCCUCACUUAACAAUGAUCACCCAGUAUGAAUGUCCAGAGGUAUGUCCGGAAGGGAGUUUACAGCUGUCUGAAUUGGUAUACAUCCUCAAGGCCAUGGAGUUUCGCCUCGCGGAGGGUCUGUUUGAUAGAAAGCAGCCCCAGCCAGUCUUGAUGGUUUCAUUCAUGGUCCCGCGUCACGGCCGCAUUCUUCAGGCCCAUGUACACGGGGGCACCAGAUUGGUGAUAGCUUGCAGCAAACUAUACAGCUUCAAGAAUACCGAGGUGGCGCCGUUUGAGCUGUUUUAUCGAUGGUUCUUAGGAACUCCGAUUGGAGUCGAGCCGAGGGAGAUGCCAGUUACAGAUGGCUCUGAGAACCUUGGAGAUGGUGUGAACGCUCCUAACUUUGAUGAGGAUCUUUGCACUGCGACGGAGACGAAGAAGGGAAAGAAAAGGAAGCGGUAA